GAGGUGAGGUUUAGGACUCUGUGGGAGACAGCGGGAGCAGGUUGGCAAUUUCGGUCCGAGGGAUGACAAGGAAUCGAUCGGUCGAUUGAUUAGCCGGAGGAAGGAGACGAUGAUGGUCGAGCUGUGCGUUUGUUCGGGCAAUCCAGAGGAAUUUUUGGAGGAACCGUGAACUGAAGAAUUGGGUUGCAGCUACAGAAUCGACUCACUGGUCGCGGGACCGUUUUCACGAUGAGGAAUUUGCAGGUUUUCAGAGAAGAAUGGGUGCAGCUUAAGCUCGAUGACGAUCGAAAAGACGAGCGUAUGGUUGCAGCGACUUAUGACUCCGAGCGUGUCCGAAUGUUCUUUGCUUCUGACGCCUGCUGCGUUUAUGGUAUCAAUUUGCUCUCGGAGCAGGAUCGAUGGACAAUCUCGUUGUUGGACUCUCUCGGUACUGGGGCUCCUGGAACCGGCAAAGAAGAAGACCGGGUAAUUUUUAUGGAAUUUUUGUUGGAGAAGGAGGCGCUGGCUUUGGCCCUGGCAACUGGCGACCUACUUCAGUUGACUCCUGCAACCCAGGAGGUGGAGGUGGUUGGGGCCGUGGCUGGAGGCAUUGUGUCCAUGGCUCUCAGUCCUGACGGGGAGCUGCUCGUGGUGGCUACGGGAGCUGGUCAACUUCUCCUUAUGACUCAAGAUUGGGACGUGUUCUAUGAGAUGUCUUUGAAUCCAUCUCCGGCAAGCAUCACGUCAGGACUUAUUCCUCCUGGGGGUGUGCAAAUCAGUUGGCGAGGAGAUGGCAAGUACUUUGCAACACUAGCCUCAUGUGGGAACGCUGAAAGUGAAGGGAACAACGAAACAGCCCGCUCUCUGAAGGUAUGGGAGAGGGAAACUGGUGCUUUGCAUUCAUGCGGGGAGCCCAUGGCCUUGCUCCAGCCAGCAGUUAGCUGGAGCUACAAUGGCUCACGGAUAGCAACCGCGUUCUCUCGAGCAGAUACAGGAAAAUCUCCGGUAGCCCUUUUCUAUGAGAGGAAUGGCUUGAAGCGAGAUACUUUUGAGAUACUGGGUCCUCCAUCUGCCAAAGUGAAGCUGCUCCAAUGGAACUCCAAUUCCGAAUUACUUGCGGUCCUUCUCAGAUGUGAAGAGUGGGAUGCCAUCCAAAUUUGGAAUUGCAACAACUUUCAUUGGUAUCUGAAACAGGAAUGGAGGUUUCAGCCAGAAGAGGAGGUGAACUUGAUUUGGGAUCCAGAAAAGCCCCUGUGUGUCAUGUUCUGGACAGCUUUUGGAUAUUUGCGCAGGAUCACUCUCUGCUGGAAGAGUUCGGUGAUCGAAGGCAACACUUCAUUUGUGAUCGAUGGCAAUUCUGUCCUCGUAACGCCACUUUGCCUUUCCAUCAUCCCUCCACCUAUGUUCUCAUUCAAGGUUAACUUCUCAGCUCCGAUUCAUACACUCGCAACACUGUUCGAGAAUACGAGCAGGUGUCUGAUUGCUGCAGGACUGUCUGACGGAUCCCUGAGUGUGAUUAUCCUACCUGAAGUUUCCACUUGGGCUGACUUAGAGGGAGCGGAGCUCUCUGCCUUGUCGGCGAAAUCUGACCCAGUCGUAGACUUCCGCAAGAUUCGACAUAUUUCCUGGUUAGGCUCAAAGACUCUUGUGGGUUCAAUAUUUCACAGAGAUUUGAAAAUAGAAAAAGAUAGUAAAGCGUGGAAGUCGAUUUCACCGACCGAAGAAGAACUAAGUAGGAUGGACGAUAGUGUGGUGGAGUUCAAGCUCUAUCUCAACGAGGGAAUAUCUGAACUGGCCAGAACCAAGAAUGCAGCAUUUUCCGAGCAAUGGGUCCUCAAACUUGUCAAUCAAACGACGGCAGAACAGCCCAUUGUCGCAGUAUUUGCGAAUCCCUUGAACUCGUCUUUGGAAGAAAGCGAAAUUCGGAAAGCCGAGGCAUAUGUGCAGCUGGCAGACGGCUCUGUAGCCUUGUACACAUCUGGAGAUGAUGUUGGAAGGUAUCGUUACACGGGAUCCAACAUCUCGUUGAACGUGGUGAAAUUUCAGUCUCCUUCACCGUGGAUGCGUGCCGUCACUCACGGCAGGCAUGAACAACAUGAGGCAGUUUUGAUCGGCUUGGAUGAGUCGGGGAUGCUGCAUGUAAACAAUCAGCUCGUCAGCACCGACUGUACCAGCUUCACUGUGCAUGAAAGUAUUCAGGGAGAGUCGCAGCUCAAGGUUACUCAUCUGGUGUUCACCACGAGGCUUGAUACGCUGCACGUUAUUAAUCUCGAAGAGAUUUUAAGCGGUGGUUUAUCAGGCGAGGAAUUGAAUAUAGCCUCUACAAAAGUUCCUGGAAACUUGGAUGCGAAGCCUCGAAGAAUCAGGAAAGUGAAGGGAGACAACACAGCAGAGAAUAGUUUGAAAAUCCGACCAAUGUGGGAGAGAGGAGCUCGAUUAGUCACCACUAUAGGGGGCUUGGAUGUGGCCGUUAUCCUGCAAACCAUUCGUGGAAACCUUGAAACUAUCUAUCCCCGUGGGCUGGUGCUUGGAGCUAUAGCCUCUGCACUUACUGAGGACAACUUCCAAGAUGCAAUGCUUUUGGCUCGAAGAAACCAUAUCAAUCUUAAUGUGAUCGUUGACUACAAAGGAUGGGAGGAGUUCUCAGCGAAAGCUGAUGUCUUCGUGAAGCAGGUCAGCAGUUUGAGCCACAUUACGGAACUCAUAGGAGCCCUGACCAAGGACAACGUGAUCGAGUCCACAUAUAGGAACCUCAUACCCCUGUAUAAAGCUUCCGGUGGCAAAGGGGAUAGUUUCUCUGAGACGCCUAUCGCAGGAGACAGUACGUCGAAGGUGGAAGUUCAUUCGUCCACACCGACGAACAAAGUCCGUGGUGUCCUUGGGGCCAUCAGGUCUGCUUUGCAGAAAGAGGUUGCAGAUAGUCCUGCCAGGGAGCUCUGUAUACUGACAACUCAUGCUAAGAGCGAUCCACCUGAACUGGAAGCAGCUUUAGAACGCGUGAAAACGUUGAGAGAGGCAGAGAUCAAGGGGAUAAGCGAAGGAAAUAUUUCCCACCUGAAUGACAUUUUGAGUGCCGAGGCAGCAGUGAAACAUCUUAUCUGGCUGACAGAUGCGGACAGUGUCUUCAACGUGGCACUGGGUCUAUAUGAUCUGCAUCUUGCAGCAAUAGUCGCCUCGCAUGCUCAGAGAGAUCCAAAGGAGUUUCUACCACUUUUAGAGGAACUUGGACAAAUGCAGAAGUUGCAUAUGCGCUACACCAUUGACUGUAGAUUGGGCCGAUAUGAGAGCGCAUUAAGAAACUGCAUUGAUAUGGGUGAAGACCUCUUUGAGGACUCUUUGAAGCUAGCGACAGCCCAUCCUACAUUGUUCCCAACUGCGUUGCGCCUGAUCAAAGAUGAAGGCCAGAAAAUGCUUCUUCUGAACGCUUGGGGAGAUCAUCUGGUAGAGGAGAAGAAGUUCGAGGAUGCUGCAGCCGCCUUCUGCGCAUGCUCUCGGCUCGACAGGGCCUUGGACGCGUACAGACUAGGAGGUCAGUGGGAAUGCGUGAUGAUCAUGGCUGGUCGACUGGGUAAGACCUCAACGGAAUUGAAAGAGCUUGCUGUCGAGCUACGGGACGAGCUUGAAGCCAUGGGAAGGCCUAAGGAAGCGGCUAAGAUAGCUCUGGAUUACUGCGGGGAUGUGGAGGGCGCCAUGAUGCUUCUGAUCGAUGCACACGAGUGGGCAGAAGUGGCUCGGCUGGCCUAUUUGCACGAUCGAAGACAGUUCAUAGAAGUGCAACUUCAAUCAGCUGUCCUUGAUUGUGCCACCGCCCAUCUGAGAGAGCUUGACGAAAGUGUGGAGAAAAUCGGCAAGUACUUGGCCCGGUUUUUGUCUAUACAUCAACGGAGACUGCUUUUGUCUAGCAAACUCCGAACGGAGGGUGAAGGUCAGGGAGCGGUAGACUUCGAUGCUUCUUCAGAUAUCAGCAUGGCCAGCAGCAUGGCGUCAGGCUUGAGUGGGUUGAGUGCUUACACGCGUGGAAGUUCGAGAGCGAACACCGGUAGCACAACCACUUCGAAAGGAGGAAGGCGUGCUUACAAGUCCAAGGGAGGAAAAAUUAGAGCCGGCAGUCCGGGAGAAGAGAUGGCGCUAGUAGAGCAUAUGAAGGGGACAGCAUUGAGUGCAGUAAAAGCGGAGGAGCAUCGUCUGCUUCUCCAGGCGUUGUUGCAGUUGGGCUUCGAAAGCAUUGCACGACAAUUGCAACGGGCUCUCACUCAUUUCAUAUCUGUACAAGAAGAUGCAGUUAGACAAGCUGAAGAAAAGCUGAAGGAGGAGCAGCUUCAAGAGCCCAUCGUGCUGCAAGAGGUCGAUUCGGUCGUGAGUAGUCCAAACGUCACUAUUGGAACCAAGGAUGUACAAUGGAAGUGGGUAGUCUUAAGCGAGCAAUAAAAAUCAACUUCGUC